CAGAGACCUGAGCAGAAAGAUUUUCUCCUGAUGGCUGACUCUCAACCGCUCCUCUCCCUUGAUGGGGACCCUGUGGCUGCAGAAGCCUUGCUCCAGGAUGUGUUUGGGAUUGUGGUGGAUGAGGUUAUUCGAAAAGGGACCAGUGCCUCCGAGAAGGUCUGUGAGUGGAAGGAGCCCGAGGAGCUGAAGCAGCUGCUGGACUUGGAGCUGCGGCACGAGGGCGAGUCACAGGAGCAGAUCCUGGAGCACUGCCGGGCCGUGAUCCGAUACAGCGUGAAGACCUGUCACCCUCGUUUCUUCAACCAGCUCUUCUCAGGGUUGGAUCCCCAUGCCCUGGCCGGGCGCAUUGUCACAGAGAGCCUCAACACCAGCCAGUACACAUAUGAAAUCGCCCCUGUGUUUGUCCUCAUGGAGGAGGAGGUGCUGAAGAAACUCCGGGCCCUGGUGGGCUGGAGCUCUGGGGACGGGAUCUUCUGCCCUGGUGGCUCCAUCUCCAACAUGUAUGCUGUGAACCUGGCCCGCUAUCAGCGAUACCCAGACUGCAAACAGAGGGGCCUCCGGGCACUGCCGCCCCUGGCCCUCUUCACAUCGAAAGAGUGUCAUUACUCCAUCAAGAAAGGAGCUGCUUUUCUGGGACUUGGCACCGACAGUGUCCGAGUGGUCGAGGCAGAUGAGAGAGGGAAAAUGAUCCCUGAGGAUCUGGAGAGGCAGAUCAGCUUGGCCAAGGCCGAGGGCGCCGUGCCAUUCCUGGUCAGUGCCACCUCUGGUACCACAGUGCUGGGGGCCUUUGACCCCCUGGAGGCAAUCGCGGAUGUGUGCCAGCAUCAUGGGCUGUGGCUGCAUGUGGAUGCUGCCUGGGGUGGGAGCGUCCUGCUGUCACAGACACAUAGACAUCUCCUGGCUGGCAUCCAGAGGGCUGACUCCGUGGCCUGGAAUCCCCACAAGCUCCUCUCCACAGGCCUGCAGUGCUCAGCUCUUCUUCUCCGGGACACCUCGAACCUGCUCAAGCGCUGUCACGGGUCCCAGGCCAGCUACCUCUUCCAGCAGGACAAGUUCUACGACGUGGCUCUGGACACGGGAGACAAGGUGGUACAGUGUGGCCGGCGUGUGGACUGUCUGAAGCUGUGGCUCAUGUGGAAGGCACAGGGCGGGCAGGGGCUGCAGCGCCGUGUGGACCAGGCCUUUGCCCUUGCCCGGUACCUGGUAGAGGAGCUGCAGAAGCGGGAGGGAUUUGAGUUGGUCAUGGAGCCUGAAUUUGUCAACGUGUGUUUCUGGUUUGUGCCCCCCAGCCUGCGGGGGAAGAAGGAGAGUCCAGAUUACAGUGAAAGGCUGUCUAAGGUAGCCCCAAUCCUCAAGGAGCGCAUGGUGAGGAAGGGUUCCAUGAUGAUUGGCUACCAGCCCCAUGGUACCCGGAGCAACUUCUUCCGCAUGGUCGUGGCCAACCCUGCGCUGACACGGGCUGAUAUGGACUUCCUGCUGAACGAGCUGGAACGGCUGGGCCAGGAUCUCUGAGUCGCUCCAUCUUGCUGCUGGCCUGGACCCCUCCCCCCACCCUUGCCAUCUCCCUGUAUCUCUUCCCUGCGUUCUCCAAGAAGAAACUCUAGGAAACAAAGCGUCUUCAUUUUUCUGUGCUUACCCACUAGCUCGCCUGUAAAUUCCGGGCUGGCCAAAAAGUUGGUUCUGGUUUUUCCUCGUAACAUCUUACGGAAACACCCAAAUGAACUUUUUGGCCAACCCAAUAUUUUAUAUCAAGAGGAUGUUUAAAUAAAUGGUAGGAAAUCUAUAUGGUAGAAUAUUGCUCUGCCAUUUAAAUUGUGUUUACAAAGAG